GCGCUGUUUCACUGCUUAAGAACGUGCUGUCCGGCAGCAACUGCGAGCUCAACGCCCAGUUCCAGUUCAUCUCCUUCAACACGACCGACGGCCUGGCCAACCUGGCCAUCGAGCCCAACAUCGGAGGUUCGAACGACGGCGAGGUGAUCUUCGGCUACGGCUUCGUGAACCUGAGCGACCGGGCCCUCAAGGAGAACGUCCGGGCCAUCCCGGAAGAGGAGCUGCAAGAGACCUUCGAUGCCGUGGAACCGCAGCUCUUCGACCGCAUCGACGGCGGCAAGGAGCAGAUCGGCUUCGUGGCCCAGGACGUGCAGGCCAGUGGGAAGCUGGGCGCGACGAUGUGCAAGACGAAGAACCUGGACGGCCGGGAGCUCAUGGCCCUCGACUACCAGAAGCUCUCCGUGGUCGAAGGGGGCGUGGUGAAGAAGCUGCAGAAGCGGGUGGAGAAGCUGGAGAAGAAGAAGCGCAAGGACAACUCGGAUUAG